GUGCCCGCGCCCCCCAGCCAGCUGGACCCCCGCCAGGUGGAGAUGAUCCGGCGCAGGAGACCAACCCCUGCCAUGCUGUUCCGGCUCUCCGAGCACUCCUCACCAGAGGAGGAGGCCUCCCCCCACCAGAGAGCCUCAGGAGAGGGGCACCACCUCAAAUCGAAGAGAUCCAAUCCCUGUGCCUACACACCCCCUUCACUGAAAGCCGUGCAGCGCAUCGCCGAGUCUCACCUGCAGUCCAUCGGCAACCUGAGCGAGAACCAGGCCUCGGAGGAGGAAGACGAGCUUGGGGAGCUGCGGGAGCUGGGCUACCCAAGAGAGGAAGAGGAGGAGGAAGAGGAAGAAGAGGAGGAGGAGGAGGAGGAGGAGGACAGCCAGGCUGAAGUCCUAAAGGGCAGCAGGGGGCCUGUUGGGCAGAAGACAACUUGUGGCCAGGGUCUGGAGGGCCCCUGGGAGCGUCCGCCCCCUCUGGAUGAGCCCCAGAGAGAUGGAAGUUCUGAGGACCAAGUGAAAGACCCCGAACUAAGUGAGCCCGGGGAAGACCCACAGCGCCCUGCCCACCCAGUGCCUGACACAUAGGCACUCAGCCCUGCAUCUCCCAGAAGAACGUGGAGGGGGCAUCACUAUUCCUCAGAAACCCACUCUGUCCUCACCCUAUUUUCUACCCUUCCCCUCUCCUGCUAGGGCUGCGGCUUCUGACUUCUAGAAGACUAAAGCUGGUCUGUGUUUGCUUGUUUGCCCACCUUUGGCUGAUGCCCAGAGUCCUGGUCACUUGCUGCCUGAUGCCUACCCCUGCCAGUUAUUCCCCUAUUCACCCAGUGGGAGGCAGGAUGUGAGAGAGCUUGCUUGGAAAAUCCAGUAAUCGAGGGACAAAGGUUCAUCCUUCACAAUUCUACUCCCAGACCCUCUCCCUUGGGCACAGGAAAACCACAGGGCAGGACCCUAAGAUCUGAGGAAAGGGGGUACAGAGAACCUGUAGGUGUCCUAGAUCCUUCUCCAUCCCCUUUCCUCCUACGGGGGAUUCCCAGUCAUCAUCCCUCUUACUGGCUUCUACCAGGGCCGAGGAUUCAAGCAUCCUUUUCCAGUCUCUUCAUUUUGGAAAUCUUCCCCUAUCACCCCUGCUCCCCAGCCUGGGUGCCUGGAAGAUGGGCUGGCAGAGGCUGCUUUGUUGCAUUUUGUUUGUGCUUUGAUGCCAGGAAUGCCACCUAGUAUACAUCCUUAGUGGGGGGCAUAUGUUGAGGGGAGCCAGGUUCUUCUUGUCCUCCAGCUGCUCUGCCCCCUUCCCCUCUUCCCUGACUCCGGACCUGAACCACUCCUGUGCUGUAAUAAAUCUUUGUAAAUAAC